UUCUGCUGCCCUCUGCCGCCCCGACUCGGUCCAGAGCCAGGCCCGGAUCCGAGCUGCAAGAGGAGGCCUCGGGCAGCAGGGUUCAAAGGAUCAUGAGGUACAUCAGUACUCGGGGAGGAUCUCCCAGCCUUGACUUUGAAGGAGCCUUGUUCUCAGGCUAUGCCCCUGAUGGAGGUCUCUUCAUGCCUGAAGAGAUCCCCCAUCUGGAUAGGGAGACCCUGAAACAAUGGAGCACCCUCUCCUACCCUGCCCUGGUGACCGAGCUGUGCUCUCUCUUCAUUGACCCAGAGCUCAUGCCAAAGAAAGACUUGAAAGGUCUGAUUGACCAAGCCUUCAGCAGGUUUCGCCACAGAGAUGUCGUUCACCUGUCCAGGUUGAAGAAUGGAUUGAAUGUGUUGGAGCUGUGGCAUGGUGUCACCUACGCCUUCAAGGAUCUGUCAAUGUCCUGUGCAGGACAGUUCUUACAGUACUUUCUGGAGAAAAGGCAGAAACACAUCACCAUUGUUGUAGGGACUUCGGGAGACACAGGAAGUUCAGCCAUUGAAAGCGUCCGAGGAGCCAAAAACAUCGACAUCAUUGUUUUGUUGCCCCUGGGGCGAUGCUCCAAGAUCCAGGAGCUCCAGAUGACAACAGUGAUUGAGGGGAAUGUGCAUGUGUUUGGGGUGGAAGGUGACAGCGAUGAGCUGGACAAGCCCAUCAAAGACGUGUUUGCCGACGUGGCUUUUGCCAAGAAGCAUAACCUGAUGAGUUUGAAUUCCAUCAACUGGUCCCGGGUCCUCGUGCAGAUGGCUCACUAUUUCUUUGCCUACUUCCAGUGCGCGCCAUCCAUGGACAUCUACCCACUGCCCACCGUGGAGGUGGUUGUGCCGACAGGGGCUGCGGGCAAUCUGGCUGCCGGCUGCAUUGCUCAGGAAAUGGGCCUGCCUAUCCGUCUGGCCACAGUGGUGAACCACAAUGACAUUAUCCACAGGACUGUCCAGCAGGGGGACUUCUCACUCUCAGGGACCACCAGCCCAACCUUGGCAUCAGCCAUGGACAUUCAGGUGCCUUAUAACAUGGAGAGGAUCUUCUGGCUGCUCUCGGGCUCAGACAGCAAGCUGGUCAAGGCCCUGAUGGAGCAGUUUGAAAGAACCAAGAAGCUGCGUGUGCCAAAAGACCUCCAUGCCAAGAUUUCAGAGAGAAUUAGCUCACAGUCGGCUUCUGAUGAUGACAUCAUUCAUACCAUGCGGCGAUGCUGGGAGGAGAACCGCUAUCUGCUGUGUCCACAUUCUGCUGUGGCUGUCUUCUACCAUUACAAGCGAUCAGCCUGUGAACAGCCCAGCCUGCCCAGAUGCUGCCUGGCCCCAGCUUCAGCAGUCAAGUUCCAGGAUGCUGUUCUCCGAGCCCAACUGGUACCUGAGAUUCCUGAAGAUAUCCGAGCCUUGGAGCACAUGAAGACUCGACAUAGUCCUCUUCGAAGAGGAGAUGACUGGACCCAAGUGCUACGUAGCAAAAUAGAGGACCUGUCCCGGCAGAGGAAGGGAGGUGCGAGCUCUUAGGGAUAACCAAGCCUUGGUUUGGUUCCAGAAAUCACAAGAUGUUUCCUAUGAGAGAAGUGAUUAUUUUUCUCUUAUAUUAAUAAUCAAUUAUUAAAUUAGGAUUGAGGUUUUUCCUUUCUAUUUCCUCGUCCCUGUGGAUCACUGAGCCAGUCCCUGAAGGGCAAGGCCGAUGGGUGAGAUUGGCCAAAUCCUCUGGGUACAUGCUCUGUGAUCUUGGGCGGGACCCCACCCAACUAGAAGACGUUAUGUUUGUUUAGAGCGAUCUACAGAAUCUAGUCUAGGUGAUUCCAGCCCUAAAGCACUGAGCCCAUGUCCUUGCACACCUCCACGGUAGUCUAGGGAAACUCAGCUCGUGAAAGAGAAAACCAACAGGAGUGCUCCAGGUAGACAUAGAUUCCUUUGUCCCGAAUUGCUGGAGUCUCACGAUCAAGUCACAUUCUCAGCAGGAGGAGCUGAAGACUUUAGCCUCAUUGAUAUCUUCAUCCUCUCCUUAAUUGUUCACCAAUCAGGGUUGAUUUUCACCUGUUGGGGCACCUCCUUUUCCAAAGAUAUUUAAGCAUUCAUGGA